GCAUCGUCUAGUCGGGUCUGCUACACAGCGGACACAUCUUUUGCGGUCCCCGGUCCGCCGCCAAGUUGACUCCGCAGCCGCUUUCUCUUCAGUGGCGUGGUCUUUUGUCGCAAAUUUUAUUGUUUCUGUUUGCAUUUUAAUCUUAAGUUCAGUCCGACCAGCAAGCAUGGGCAAAAAGGAGGAAGAGGAGGUAAUCAGAAUCGCGAAAAAGAUGGAUAAAAUGGCGCAGAAGAAAAACGGGGCCGGCGCUUUGGAUUUGUUGAAGGAGUUGCGGAAUAUCCCAAUGACAUUGGAGCUUCUUCAGUCCACCAGAAUUGGAAUGUCUGUUAAUGCCAUCCGUAAACAAAGCACAGAUGAUGAAGUGACAUCUCUAGCCAAGUCCUUGAUCAAAUCAUGGAAGAAGCUUUUGGAUGAACCUGGAGGUGGAGAGAAACCUUCAGAUGAAAAAAGGAAAGACCAAACUACACCUGUUGUCUCUCCCUCACAGGGAAGUCCAGAGGCUAAAGAAGAGAGCAGCUCCAGCAGUAAUUCCAGCAGCAAGAGUGAAUCCUCGGAACUUGCUCCCAACACAUUGAACAACACUUUUCCUCGCGCCCCGAUCACCUCUGACUCUAUCAGGCUCAAAUGCAGAGAGAUGCUGGCCAAUGCGCUACAAACCGGAGACGAUCACAUUGCUAUUGGUGCCGACUGUGAGGAGCUUGGAGCGCAGAUUGAAGAAUAUAUCUACCAAGAGUUUAAGAACACAGACAUGAAAUACAAGAACCGUGUGCGAAGUCGAAUCUCAAAUUUGAAGGACAUGAAAAAUCCUAAUUUAAGGAGAACUGUGCUAUGUGGGAGUGUCACUCCAGAGCGGAUGGCAAAGAUGACCGCAGAGGAGAUGGCCAGUGAUGAGCUGAAAGAAAUGAGGAAAAAUUUGACCAAAGAAGCUGUCCGGGACCACCAGAUGGCCACCACCGGAGGAACGCAGACUGAUCUGUUCACCUGUGGCAAAUGCAAGGGGAAGAACUGCACUUACACACAGGUUCAAACCCGUAGUGCUGAUGAGCCGAUGACCACGUUUGUUUUCUGCCAGCAGUGUGGAAAUAGAUGGAAGUUCUGCUGAAUCUGCUGCCAUCAUCCACUCCAACAAGUAGCAAAAUUCCUGGACCAGGUUUUCUGUCCUCCUGCGAUGGAUUGGAGCUUUUUUUUUUUUUUUUUUUUUUUUUCUUCCUGUGGUGCAUUGUAUUCAACUUCCUAUACAAAGGCACCACUGCGGUUACCGUUGAAAUAAAUAUAUUGUUUAUAGAUUAAGCUUAUUGUAACGUGCCCUAAUGCCCUCUCUGAAGCCCGUUUACUGUUAUUAGUUGUUUAUCACUGUCAUAUAUCCCAGGACUCUUGUCUCAUUGUCUUUUAUCUGCGUUUUUAUAUGUAGUUUUAAGAUUUUGCAUAAUGUUUUUUGCUUUCCUGACACAGCAAUGUUUUUAUUUAAUUCCCCAAUAAAACAUAAUCCAU